AUGUAUUAUACAUUCGGUUGGAAGGUCCAGUACUGGCAUUAUUCGAGCAGUUAUUUUUCGAUUUCAUAUUCAUCUAAUUCAUCAGACAUGAUUGGUCUGCAACUGACAACUAGCUACACCAGUUUUUUUUUUUAUGUCUUCGUCGAUUCUCAUUGUUGUUCAUGUUUUUCUCGAGUAGUUCAUCUAUUAUUGCAUUAUAUAUUAGUCUACUUUGUUCUUCGGGACGAACGCGGACACGAACAAUAUACAAAAUUGAAAUUGGACACAUCGUUGCAACAUUUAUACCCGAUCAUUUCUUUGCAGCCGCAUCAGAGUAGAUGCGCCAGCAUCUGGCACUUUCUGGGUCAUAGGAGUAGACGUAGCUUUCGUCUAUUAGUUGUGAAAGCUGUAUUUCAUUUCCAUAAUAAACACUGAUUCUGAUUCCGUCUCUCGGUAUAAAUAUAUCGGCCGCGCACAUCGAUCUGAUAUUGCAUGAUGUAUCUUCCAGCCUCGACCUUGAUAAGUAUGUGAUCAUUCAAUUGUCGAUAUUCGUUAUGAGAUGAAUUCUCUCUCCCUCUGUGUCUCUGCUUCAAAAUGAGAUUAUAUAUUUAUAGAUAGCUGAGAAUACUAUAAUUGAGUCGUUUUCGAUUUUAGUAAGACUACGACCACGAAUGACCAUCGUGUUGUUGUUUAUUUCUCGAUGAUUGACCUUGGACAAGAAGUGAAAAUGAUACACGCUGAAGUAUGUUGAAGCUAUAUAUUUAUUAGCGUCUGCUUCGUGUUUUCCGGUACUGGAAUCAACUUGAUGAUGGUAAUUGAAAUUUUCAACGCACUGGGAAGUAGGACCAGGGAAGACCACGAACACCGACAGAACAGUCAUGUAAACACAAAUCUAGUGCCGCGGAAGGAUGUAUCGUGCCGACGCUAACACAACAACGAACGAGAAGGCAGGUAAGACUGUGGACGGCGGACUUCAUCCUAUCCUAUCCAAUCGUACUGCCACACGUGCGGUUCUGUCAUGGUCUCAUCUUCUACUGCACUGGGGGUACUAUCUUCCCAACACGCAAGAUGAACGCAACGCAUAUCCACCUAGCGCAUAAUCUUUUCUAAUCGUUUUGCUUUUAUUUAGUGAUAAUUACAAUUUCGGGGCGAGGGGGAGCUUUGAGUUGGAAGAGUCUGAAUGAGACUGACUGAAUAUGUUAGAAGGUCAUUUUCAUAAUGUUUCCAUAUGCAUAAACAUAUUGGAAUUGUUUGUUACAAUUUGGGCUUUUUGUGGUGUGUGUCGUGUGCAGGACAAGGGGGAUGCGAAAUGGCUUGGCGCAUAAUUAGACGAACCAAAAGUACUAGGACGAGCGCAGAUGAAACAACAACGUAUUCAUUCCUCCUCUACUACUGUUGGAAGAUUAUAAACAACAUGUAAAGUAUAAUUGAUUCUAGCGUUGAUUGUUCAGGCGACUCUGACUUUAGAUCUUCUAUGCUUAUGAGCGAUGUCAUGCUGAAAUUAAUGUCCUCCAUAUUAUAAUACAACACAGACAUUCAUAAAACUGCACACUCAUAUUAAAGCUGCAACUUGGAUGAUGCACUUGCACAUGCAGAUACGCAAUGCACAAAGCCGUAUUAUGUGGCCUUCCAGUGGCAAUGAUAAUGAAAGUAACAUUUUUCUUAAUCAUAUCAUACUAGCUGGGAUUCGUGUCCCUAAAGUGCUGCUACACGGAUCCAUAUCCGGUACCC